UUGAGUACAUAUAUUAUAUAACUUAAAUUUACAUAGUUAGGUUUACAACGAUAAACUGAGGGGGACAAGCCUCAUGAAGGAGGCAACAUGGUCCCACCCCCCCUCUCCGUUUAUGGGUCGGCUGGAUUGUACCGAGCAGCUCGGGUUCAGUGUUCAUCCACCGUGGUCUCACUCAGUGUGUUUGACAAUGUGUUGGACAGUAGUAACUUUACUAUCAGCUGCUUUUCCUUUUACCCUGGCACAGCAUCGUGUCAUUUGUCCGACUGAGACGACCCAGGCAGAAGAAGGUGAUGAUGUUACACUUAGGUUUGAUCUGGAUCCCCGGGUCAACUUGUUGGAUUAUACACUUGAUGUUACAAGAACCGACCUCGACGAGGUCGUCCACGUCUAUCGAAGUGGAAAGGACCUCACUGAUCCACAGAUGGAGCGAUACAGACACAGAACAACUCUCAUCCAUGAAGACCUGAGCAGAGGAAUCAUCACACUGCAGAUCUCCUCAGUUCAGCUGAAGGACAGUGGACCGUACCGAUGUUUUGUCCCAGAGCUGAGAGCUGGUUGUACCACUGCCCUUAACGUUGUGAAAAAAGUCCAACACAACAAGACGAAGACAGAUGAUGUCAUGACCAGCAUCUCGCCACCAAACCCUGAUGCUGAGACGGUGAAUGUUGGUGCCGUUGUUGGUGGAGUUCUUGUUCCUGUUGUUCUUAUUAUUAUUAUUAUUAUUAUCAUCGUCCUGGUGAAACGUGGAACCAUCAAUUUACCUGGAGGAGGAGGAGGAGAAGAAGAAGAAGAAGAAGAAGAAGAAGAAGGAGAACCUGGAGAACCUGGAGAACUCUGCAGAAACAGCUUGUUAAACAUCCUGUCAGAGGUGUAGUGGUGGUGGAGAGAUGCUGCUGGAGCGAGAACAACAACCAUUCACUACCUGACGGAUAAAAAGCAGAUUCCCAAAGUUUCUACUGAACUAAGUGACAUUAAACCUCCGUGUGAAGACGAGUGAAGGUGUUUAAACACAACUCAAACACAACAGCAGUCAUGAUGAGUUUGGGUCAGAAGCACAGUUUUGGAAAAGGGAAAAUUUCAUAGAGAAAACAUCAAUCAAAUAUACUGGUUAAUAUAAAAACAGGGACCAGUCAGACGUUGUCAUGGAAACGUGUAAUCAGGAAAUACUCUGUGAUCAAGCAGAGCUGUGACACAGUUGUCGUGUCCAUGUUGUUAACACAUCUAUAUUCCAUUUGUCUGAAAAUGUAAAGAUGCAACUUUUUUAAUGCAAAGAAAUAAUUCACGAUUUUAGAGAUAAACUCCUGGACAUUAAACUGGAACUACGUUAAGAUGCAUAUUAAUAUUCAAAUCAUGGUAAACGGCCCCCAUUAAAGCAUGAGGGACAUGUUUCAUAUAAAGAGGAAGAUUUUGAUCAACAUCAUCCGGUCUGUGGGGAUUUGGAUGUCGGCAUGAAUGUAUUAUCGUGUGCUAACCUGAGAUCUGCCACAACUGUGUCCACCUUUAUAAUCACACUGAAAACCUUUGUAUUUUCUUUUAGUUUAGUUUUUUUAAUGUAUUUUCUUUUGUUGGCGUUGAUACUGUGUGUUUAUGUGAGUAGUACGCUCCUCAUAUGUAUCUAUCAACACCGCCAUAAUCUGGAAGUUACACACACAUACACACACACGCCUCUUUGCAUCUCAAAUACUAGAUCCCCUCUGAAAUCAUCAUCAUCAUCAUCAUCAUCAUCAUUUUGUCUUUUCUUCCUCUUUUGUCCAGUGUUACACUUGUCUUCACUUGUUUUUAAAUCUGUCCACGCUGGUCAGGCUAAUGGAGUGAAGAUCAACUAACACCACCGGUGCAGCCCUGUGUGUUAGUGUUACGACCUUUGACCUGCCCUUUUCCGUCAUCUUUCCCUUGAAAGCUGCUGUAUUGUUGCGUUCACAUUUAGCUGCUCCUGCCGUCCCUCGGUGGAGGCUGAGCAGAAAGGGUGAUCAGGCUUCUGUCAACAUUGUUAAGUCUGAUCUCUAAACCCUCAGGUUUCUAUCUCUCACUUUUGUCCUUUGUGUUUUUAACUCAAACUGCUCCAUGUCUGUGUCAGACCAUGAGAUAGUUAACGCAUCAUUUCAGCUGUUUCGAUGUUGUGUGUUUCUUGUUGUAUUGUACAGAACUUUGGUGCCUGUUUUAAAUAUAUUUUAUAAAUAAACAAGAUAAGAUUUGA